GACUCUACAAGUGAAUGAGAGCUUCUUUCUGUGGAACUGAGGUGAAGAACUUCGCCAUGGGUCAACAAAUUUCAAACCACACACAAACUGUAAUUAACAAGUUGCCAGAAAAAGUAGCAAAGCAUGCCUCUUUGGUUCAAGAAAGUGGUUUCCUAACGUAUGAAGAGUUUCUGGGAAGAGUAGCUGAACUUAAUGAUGUUACAGCAAAAUUGGCUUCUGGACAAGACAAACAUCUGUUAUUUGAAGUGCAGCCUGGUUCUGAUUCUUCUGCUUUCUGGAAGGUGGUUCGGAUAAUAAUAUGUACUAAAAUAAAUAAAACAAGCGGCAUCGUGGAAGCUUCCAGAAUCUUGAACUUGUAUCAGUUCAUUCAACUUUAUAAAGACAUCACCAGUCAAGCAGCAGGAGUUCUUGCACAGAGUGGUACUUCUGAAGAAGCUGCUGAGAGUUUGAUGUCUGUGUCAUCUUGUCAGGCCAGCUUGUGGAUGGGAAGGGUUAAACAGUUGACAGAUGAAGAGGAAUGUUGCAUCUGCAUGGAUGGGCGUGCUGAUUUAAUCUUGCCCUGUGCUCACAGUUUCUGCCAGAAAUGCAUUGAUAAAUGGAGUGAUCGUCACAGAAGCUGUCCUGUCUGCCGUCGGCAAGUGACUGGGGCAAGCGAUUCUUGGGUGGUCUCGGAUGCACCUACAGAAGAUGAUAUCGCUACUUAUAUACUUAACAUGGUAGAUGAGGCGGGCCAGCCUCACAGACCCUGACACUGGCUAACAAGCUGAUAAUAGCAGAAGCACUUGAAGCUUUCGUUUUCACGAACGUCUGUUUUUACCUCUUGUUGCCGUUCUUCCACAGUCUGUCUUUUACUUCUCUUCUUGGCUGCUGUGAAUCUACGCUGCUCUUUUAAAACACAGGGUAUAUGAGCCAGUGUAUGUGUGUGCAGUCUUAAUUAUUAAUCUGCACUUUCAGUAAACUCUUUGAUCAUUAACAAAGUUUAUUUUAAAAACAACUUUUGAUAUUAACUAACAGUUCGACUACUAGAUGAAGCGAUUUAUGACAGCACAACUACAACUGCUAACUGCUGUUUGAACAUCACAGUGUACUGCUACGGAAGGUGAACCGUGUCAGAUGGCUUGACCUCACAGUUCUUAUCCUUAAAAGCAGUCCCUUUUCGUUUCAUGGCAAAUGUGAAUAAAGAUGAUGAGUUAGCACUAGUGGUUAUUAAUUUGAAAUUUUAAUGCUGAAACCUGAAGAUGUCCCACUGACUGUUCUUCAGUAGCCAGUUAUUGCUGCUUUUAGUGUUCACAGAUCUGAUUUCAAUCUGAUCUGUUACGAGUUUUAGUGUUAAUUAUUUUAAACCUGUUUUGGAGAGUGUAGGCAGCUUUGUAAAUGUACUUGUGCACUUCCCUUUAUUCUUCUAACAAGAUUUCUCUCUUCGAAUAUUUUUUUAAAUAUGAUACUUAGCAUAGUCUUAUUAGUGUAGAAACAUUAAACAGUUUCAUACACAAUCCUAAAAAAAGUAAAUCGGUUUCUUUAUGGUUUUUUUGAUCAAGAACAGCCAAAAUUAUUUUUAAACAUUAGGCAUAUCUGAAGAGAAUGACUUUAUUUGAAUUAGCAGUUAAGGUGUAGUUUAGUCUGAUGCUGUGGUUUUAUCUGCUUCUCUUGAGUUUUUCAAGUGAUGAAAUCAGAGUUAUAAGGUAUACUAAGGGUUAUGAGGUGAUAAUCUAAGUAAGGGUGCUGUGCUUUUAUCUACAAGUGCAAUAUGCUUUUAUGUAGCAGAGAGAAACUUCUACUUUAAUAAUGUUGCUUGCAGCGAGAUGUGCAUGUGACAACUUGGGAAAAGGGAUAUCACAACUGGAGCGCAACAGUGUAUUUCUGUGUCCAGCAGAGUAAAAUCUUCAAAGAGCUGAGUUUAGACAGUCUAAAAUUGUUAGUAUUCAGGGAACCCAUCUUAAGCCUCUUUUGCAUAAAUAGUGUUACGGAACUCAACUGCUAUUGUAGAGAAUUAAUUAAUGAUUUUUUUUUAAGUAUCUAUUAACAAAUACUACUCUUUUAACUUGAGGCUAUUGAGUGGGAAAUAUCAAGUGUAGCAUUUGAGGGAAUAUCAGCGUAAAUCUUAAGUACUGUAAGACUGCAUUUUUAAUUACCCUACUUGUUAAAAUUCAGUAACGCCAUAAGGCUAAGGCCUUUUGUCACAGACAGGUUCUGAACUAAAAGGCGUGUGCACACGUAGAUAUGCACAUUUGGGUUAUUUUUCUUAAUUGGCUACAGAAUAAUUUAAUUCCGUUGGGGACCAGAUCUUGGGAAUUUCUCUAUUAUACUUCCAUUUGUUAAGGAACAUGCAUAGCAUAUGGCACCCGUUUGAGCUUGGCUUAUGGCAUAGUUGUCAAAUUUAUCAUAGACAUUAAGACAGAUAAGCAACGUACUCUUCUUGUGUAUAUCAUCUAAAAGCCAGUAUGGCUUAGUGUGUAAAUCUGUAUUUAACUAUUGAAAAAUCCAUUUCUGAAUGUAUAUAGCUUAAAACUAAUUUUUUUCCUUUGUUAAUCCUUUGAUAUCAAUGAGAUGUUCUUCAGAAAAUGUAUGGACUGUUCGGUUGCAUAAAGGCAGUUAUUAUUUGGGCUGAAAAUUGUUAAUGGUCAGGGAUUUUGCACUGAAAUAUUUGCAAAUAUUCCUAAUCACACACCAGUCUGGCUUCUUUUUGCUUUUUAAGCUUGCAUUAGUCCAUGUUCAGAACAUUAAAAGAACCUUUGAAUUUUUUAAACUUUUUAUAUCACUGGAACAGAAAGAGCAUCUAAAUUAAAGCUUCAAGCUAACUUUAUUUUUCAAGUAUUUCAAGAAUUAUACUUCUGAACUGAGAUUUUAUAAGUUGACUUUCUGCUGAGAACUUACAUGAAUUUCUUAAAAUGUAAUUUUGUAAUGAUGCAAACAGGUUGUUAAUUGCAGCUUAAUGACACUUGCAAUUACAAUGUAAACUAAUGCAAAAAUUAUUUAAAUAGUGAAAAAGUAAACUUUGUAUUCUGUACAGCUUUUUUUAAUUAAGUUGCUGUAAUUCACACUGCUCUGAUGUAGGUACUGUAAUGUGUGCCUUGUAAAAUAUAUGUACUGUAUGUUAUAUGGGAUAAUAGGUACAUUAACACUGAAAAACUAGUAAUUUGGUCCUGGUUGGUAUUACCUGGUCUGAAGUGCUUAGCUGAAGUUUAGCAAACAAUUUUGGAAAAGGAAUCCCAUUGGCAGGGACAUGGCAAUGGGUUCCAGAAGCUGGACCUUGAAAAUGUGAAUUACUACGAAUAGCUGUUGGUGGGGGGCAUUAGAACAAACUAAACUUUCUUGUGUUAAGUGAAGAUUUCUUACAGGUUUAAUGUGAAAUUGUAAUUUAAACAUUAUAGAUUGUAUUAAUAGCUAAGGACAUUCCAGUAUAUUAAACUUUGUGUAUGAAUUGUGCAAUAAAGUUACUUUGGAAGAAAUGUCAAAGUUCUUUUAAGCUUAAGGAAUCUCUUGGCUUUAAUACCACAAAAGUCUGAAAACUGAAUUUUAAUCUAAAUACAAUUCCUUUGUACAGGUGGUGUGGUUAAAAGUAUGCCAUUAGGAGUCAGAUGUCUCUUAAACUUUGAAGUGUGAUAUUAACAAGGUAGCUGAAAUGCAGCUCUGCAAGAAAGACUCACUGAUUCUUUUAUUUUUCGUUUGUCAGAAUAAAUAGAUUGGAACAUUCUGCAGUGAUGGGAAAAAUUAAACAAACAACUCUACUUCUUAAAAGGACAGCGUUGAGGAGCAGGUUUCUUUGGGGAAAGGAUUUUUUUUUUUUUUUUCAGAGAAGUGUGAUUUACUUUUUCCCCAAGUUAUUCCGUCAUGCUUCUGAUAGUAUUUUAAAGCUUAAGAAUGCUAAGGUUUGGAGUAUUCUUUCUUCUCAGAUUUUUCCUGGUUUUUAAUAAGAAUUGAAGUAUAUAAUUAAUGUAACUGUUUCCUCUGUCUAGUUACUUGGUUUAUCUGUUUGGAUCUUUCAAAGCCAAGUGAGAAAUGGGAGAGGAAUUCAUUAACAGAUCAGGAAAUUAAAAUUGGAAAACUUAGAAGUUGACGGACACACCAGGAGGUAGGUGUACUUGAGGAAUUAACAAAUGUUUAUAUUUUCUAGGUUUCAAGUUUAGACACCAUAUUAAUGUAAUGUGCAUGGGUUUUUUAGUGGGAAAUGGCAUAUUUAACUUCUACCUUUCCUUUAAAGAGAAUUCUGUAUAUAAUUAUAAAGGUUUUCUAAUCCAUACUCAUUCCAGUUCUGGAAACGGAAGGCAACCAGUGAGAUCUGUGUGCUGUAGGUUUGAACUGAACUGUUAAAUUCCACCCUGCGUAGCUGCAUGUGCCAAAUGCACUAUUUUUAGAAGGAACAUCUUAGCUAUGGUUCUUUUGUGCUUUGCGUCCUGCUGAAUCCUGGAACAGUAGCCUCCUCAGGGAGCCUUAAAGAUGCUUGAUGUAAGUGGGAGCUGUAUGCUAACCUGUCUGGCCUUAAUUCUUGACAUUGCAUAUACGUAAGUCUUUAAUUUUGUAUCCACUAAAUACACAUGCUCUGUAAUGGAAGUAAUUAUAUUGUGACUACUAUUCCAGUAAUGAAUUACUUUCUUUGUUAAACCACUCUUGAAGAUAACUUACCAUAAGGUUUUAUCCUCACCUGUUUUAAGUGGGUGAAUGGAAUUCCGCUUUCUUUGUAAGUGUCUUAAAAAUUAGUAAUUUCAAAGCUGAAUUUUUUUGAAUUGUCAUUUCUUUAGAUGUUUGGUUCUAAGGCCUAGAAUUUAUCAUAUGGCAACAUCUCCAAAGACUGAACGUUCUUUUCCUGUUGCUAUGUGUAUCUGAAAUUAACCUGAAUGGGACAGCGUUCUUUUCCAGUACCUGCAGUGUACAAUCACCAGAUAGCGUGUUUUGCUGUGACCUAGCCAUGUUCCAAUUAAUGUUAUGUCUGUGAGGGAUCUGACAACACGUUCUACUUUUGUAUCUGAGCUGUCAAGAUGUUAAUUAGCAGAUGAUUGCUUACGUAUUGCUUACCUCACUAACCUAACUAUUGAGGUUAAAACAUUAAACGCUGGGCGUGGGUUUUGUAGGCCUGAAAUUAAAAAAAAUUUGAGUUUUGUGAACUUGGAUGGAACUUUGCCCAGUGUAAGUAAGUCUGGUGGAAUGAAGAAUACUAUCCAACAGGUAAUUGUUCAAAGCGCUAUUUAAAAAUAGAAGGUGUUUGAUGAAUUAAGCUUAAAUUAGUCAGAAACCUGCCCUUCUGGAAUUUGAUUGUAUGCGGAACCAGGUAGGGUUCUGAUACCACAGUCUGUGCUUCUAUGCUAAUGUGAUUCCAACCCACUUUAAUAGACCUUCCAAAAAUAUUUUUGAUGUGAGGUGGUACCCAUGAGUCAUGGUUAAUGAUUAAUGAAUUAGCUGUGUUGGUGUCUCACUAUUAUAUAUACUAUUCUCUAUGCUGCUUAGCAUUGAUAUUUAGUGCUUUGAGAGGUAUGGGGGAGAAAUACACAUUCUUCAGUUACAGGUGAAUCUGUACUCGUGCUUCGUGAGUGCUUGCUUGUGUACAGAAAUAAAGGGUUUGUAUACAGAAAGAGACACGUUUUAAUCUUCAUCUAAGAAUCUUUAUUACAUUUCCUACUGAAGAAAGUAAUUUGUGUUAAACCUUUUUCCUCAAAAGUCAUCUUGACUGUAGCAGAAUGUCUAUGUUGGUAUCAACUAUUUAUUCCAAUUUGUCACUUGUUGGCUUCUUAGUUGUAUUCUUUUUGUCAGAUAAAGCUGUUCUGUGUACUGCUUAAAUUGUUUCAACUGUGAGUGUCAGAACUGCUUUCCUGCUCCCAAAUUCAGGUGUUUUGACUCUCAGUUUAAUACCAAGAUGUGGCUCCAGGAUCAGAAGAGGUGCUGCAUGCCCCACCCUGAUGCCCAGUUUGGACGAGCAGGGAACAAGGGCGCCAAGAGACAGUGGGGGCAGCCCUGCAAAACAAUUGCACUUCAGGACUUAAUGCCAGGUCUUCUGUUGGCACAAAUCAGAGUAGUUGGUUUCCAUUAAUGCUGAAUUGCUUUAAGUCAGCUAAGCUUUUAACUCCUCAUCUUUAUCUCCACUGGUUUCUUUUUUCCAGUUUUCAUGCUGUGGUAGUCCUUAAUUUUGGUUUAGUCUUCUGUACUGCUAACAGUUUAAUUGCAUAGGUUUUUAGUUCUACUUAAAUGAGCGGCUACAAUUUUAUUGAGAGGUAUACACACACAAAAACCCUAACCAUAUUCUUUUAUAAUUUAUUUAUUAGUGUAAUGUUUAAUGCUUCCACAAGAGGCAAAAGAUAAACAUCAUUUAACCCAGGCACAGAAAGAAAAAGCAGUUUUUACAGACAUCCCUCCCCCCGACCUUUUUCAGAUUUAGAUUACAACUAGGCAAAUAGAACAGAAAGGUUUAGCCACAAGGAAAGAACAAUGAUAUGAGAAGGUAAGGUGCUCUGGGGUGAGAAAGAAAAUUGUAUAAUCCAGUGGCAGCGCAAAUGCCUUAAGUUUACUAAAGUAACAGAAUGGAAGAGCGUCACUAGAAAUUGUUCCAAUAGAUAUGUUGUAAACACCAAAUAACCAUUUUAGGUGAAAGUAUAAAAUGCUCUGAGCUAACAGAUUUAAGGAAGUCUUGAAUAAUGUUUGAACAUUAUUUGAACACCAAGGAAAUGAUGAGAAAAUAGAAUAUUCUCCCAUUCUGAAGCAACACCCGCCCCAAUCACCACCUGCAAUGUUCUUCUAGUCCCUUUCUGUUUGAGUAAAACACAAGCUGUGGUGUAACCAGGUUUGAUCUCAACACUGUCGGGGGGGAAUCAGCAACUGCCCUGUCUUGCAUUUGAGUAAAUGUGUACAAUAGUAAUUCAGAUGUCAGUAACACUUCAACACUGGGUCUGCCCUUCGUUACAUACAUAUCCUAAGACUGCAAGGUUAUUUUGAACAGCCAUACAUUAGAACAAAAGUGCAACUUUAGAAAAAGAGAAGAAGCUGAAGUUUAAGAACUGAACUUGAGAAUCAGUAACUUUUGCCUAAUUAAAAGAUGACCAAAAGAAAUGUAGUAGUGGGAGCUUGAAAGGAUGUCGGUUUGUUUCCCUAAAUGUAACACUAUUAGCUCAAGUUAUCCUUAAAAGCAGCACACAAGGAAGCACAGAAAGAGAACUUGUGGUCAUGGCCACUUGUGGGUUAUUGUUAUUAUUAUCAAAAUCCUGAUUACUGUCCGUUAACUGAACAUUCAAAUCCAGUUUGGGUUUUUUUCUUUAAUAAGAGCUACAGACAUAUUAGAACCUGAUGCGUUUGAGGUAAGGAAAGCUGAAAAGGUAUUAAACAUACACGGAUUUGGUAUAUUAUUAAGAAAACUAAAUAAGAAAUUUAAGUGACAACAAAAGCAGCACUAAUAGCAAUCUUCAGGUGAAACAACCCAAGUAAAGCAAUGUUUAUCAGGUGAAAAUACUUAAAAUUUAAAUUCUUCAAACCAAGCAUGUUGCUUAUUUAGCCUGGACAUAGAUGCUUUGCUCAGGUAAAUUAUGUUAUGUUGAUAACAACUUAUUAGUUAAUAAGUUGUACUAAUGAAAACAAGAUGUCUGCAUUUUAUGCAGCUAAAAAUGCUCCAACCACUGUUUUCAGACUUCAUCCUAAGGAAAUUACACUUGCCAAUCCUGAUAAUGCAUUAUAUGAGCUGCUGAAGUUUCUAACAGUGAGGCCAGUAGGCAUUGUUGACUAAUAGCUUUGGACAAUUUUAUUAUCGUACAGUUGAACAGUGUAGGCGUAGCACAGUUUCGCACAAUUUUUAGCUGCACAAGGAAUACAAAAUCUGGCACUAGUUGAACACUGCAGACAUUAGGCUAGGUCGCUGAAGAGCUAAAGUCAAGCCUCCCACCACCUGUCUGCAACCAUAUUGUGGAUGAAGAACGUCUGCAAUCACUGCAGCUCCCUAUGCAUGACACUGGCAAACUGUAAUGGUGACUGGAUGGCCAGAACUCUACUCCUGUGCCUCGGUCUCCCUCGGGGCAGCCUUACUUCCAGGCUGCUUCCUAAGGGUCUUUAGGUUUAAUCUCUCUUACAGGGCUGCACAGCUAUAGGAGGUGAUAAGGAAUUCCUCCUUCCCUUACUUUAGUGCCAUUUCCCUGCAAUCACCGUUCAGGACAGCAGGUAUGUUAAAAAAGUGUCCUUGUAGGUAUUGCUUUGAACUGCCACAGCCUGAGGAGACAGUGUAUGUCUUCAAUGCAUAUAUACAUUUAUGCCAUUAAUGAGUUGUUUGGUACUGGUGAUGUCAUCACUGCUACUUCUGGCUGCCUUUACAAGGGAAAGUGAGACCUGAUCAGCCCUUGAAAGGAAGGAUGUAGGUGCCCAAGCCCCAGGAGAGGGGCCUAGCCUAAGAAAUACAAGUGGCACAAGAUAUCUGAUGUAGUAAAACAUGCAGGGUUCUAGGUCUAGUGAGGCUCAAUUGGCUAGUAUUCAUUAUUUGCUUUUUAUGCAUUAAUUCUGAAUUACUGUUCUAAGAUGCCUGACUUCCCUAUGUAUUAUAUUAGAUACCCAGGUCUCUGUAGGCUCAAUAGCUUAGGGACUAUAGGCCUUCAAAUUAAGUAGCGUAAUGUUGGACUUACAGGCAUCAACAUCCUCUGCUGCCCCUAGCCUCGAGUCUUUUUUAUAGAAUCAUAGAAUGGUUUGGGUUGGAAGGGACCUCUAACGGUCAUCUAGUCCAACCC